AGUUGUAUUAGCGUAAGUAAAUUGUAGGUGUCGCUGGCUUCUUUGGUAUUGUGAGAUGAACAUCAAUGACAUUUUCUUUAUUUACAAAAAAUCAUUGUUUCGUGUGAAGAAAACGCCCAAUUUAUUUCAAUAAAACAUUAUUGUGUUACUUAAAAAUCAUCUCUAAACAAUGGAUCACAUUCUCAACAGGAAACGUUCUAGGGAGGAGGAAGAUGCUUCAAUGGAUUUUAUGCCACUCUCCAAGCGAAUAAAUAAUCUUCAUCUGACCACAACAUCCCUGCCACAAAUCUACGAUAGUAACAGCUCAAAUUCCGAUGCGAUGUGUACCCAAAAUUACAGUCAGGCACCCCCAACGGAGCCUCCGCAGAACUUUGUUCACUUCUACUCACAACAAAAUACAUCUUCUGCCCAGCAACAGCCAUUCUUCAGCAUUCUACCAAAACCCCAAGAGGUGCCACAGGACAGUAUUCACAUGUCAGAAUAUUGCCCUGAGCUGAGUAUCAUUGAGAAUCCGCACUACUUCCUGAAGAACAAACUCCUCUUUGAGCUGCAUAUUCAGCGAUUAAAACGUUUCCAGUGCUUCGAAUUGGAUGACACUGUUCAGCUGUGAUGAUUUUUUUGGGGAGGAAUCUCGCAUUAAAGGAGGCUUUGUGAGUCAA